AAAUAACAUGCUUUUUAUAUAUUUUUUUAAUCUGUUAUCAUAUCGUACAUAUUUAUAAUAAUAAUUACAUUAAAACUUUAUAAAUUAAUCUAACUCCAGUAAUAAUUAGUGAAGAUUUCAAGAAGCUAACUAUAUAGUGACGUUAGUCAAAAUUGUAAUACAUAAAAUCAGUUUUAUUUAACAAUACACGUAUUCGAUAAAUUUAUUAAUUAAAAAUUCACAAAAAUGCUAGAAAUUGUUAAAAAUAUUACUAUUAUAGAACUUUUCUUUACAUAUAAAUACUAACAAAUUUUUAAAAAAUAUAUCUCUCAAAUUAUGUCCUAAUCGGUGGUUUGAGUGGGUUGUCCCCUAGUUAAAUGAUGUGGUGGCUAACAUGAUUUGUUUCUUUAUGGACAUGUUUUUCUUUAUUGCCAAUCUGAGUAAACUUUUAGGUGAAUGACCAUAGUAACUUUUAGGUCAUUUUCAUGUAUAAAAGAAAGCAUACAUACAAUAAAUAUUUUCAUUCACUCACUAAACCAUGACUCCAACCAAUGACGUGAGAGAGUUCGUGGUGAACCAGAGAAACGGAGUAAAAGGUCUCGUCGACUCUCUGAAACUAACCGCACUUCCUUCUCCAUACAUUCAACCUUCUCAAGAACGCCUCACUUCCGACAAAAUCCUCUCAUCACCUUCGCAAAUUCCUGUCAUCGACGUGUCUAACUGGAAUGACCCGCAAGUGGCUAGUGAGAUCUGCCAUGCAGCGGCUAAGCACGGGUUGUUUCAGAUAGUGAACCACGGGAUAGUUCCGGGGGAGUUGAAGGCUUUGAUUGCGGCGGCGCGUGGGUUUUUUGAAUUGCCAGCGGAAGAGAGGAGAAGGUACUGGAGAGGAAGUUCGGUGUCGGAAACGGCGUGGCUGACCACUAGCUUUAAUCCUUACAAAGAGAGUAUUUUGGAGUGGAGAGACUUCCUCAAGUUUGAGUUUCUUCCUCAACGGCAUGGUUAUGAUGCCACGUGGCCUCCUGUCUGCAGGGAACAGGUGACAGACCAUUUCAAGAGGAUGAAACCAAUCGCCAAUAAGAUCUUAACCAUACUUAUGAACAAUCUAAACUCAACCAUCGACGACUCUAGUAACCAAACACUGAUGGGAACAAUGAGAAUGAAUUUUAACUACUAUCCGGAAUGUCCUGAGCCAACCCUCGCAAUUGGAACUGGUCGCCACUCAGACAUCAACACCCUCACUCUCCUCCUACAAGAGGACGGUAUCUUGAGCAGCCUCUACGCUCGAGCCACCGAGGACGGGGAUAAAUGGAUUCAUGUCCCUCCGAUUCCGGGAGCAAUUGUGGUUAAUAUUGGAGACGUGUUACAGAUAAUGAGCAAUGAUAGGUACAGGAGCGUGGAGCAUUGUGUGCUGGUUAAUAGAUCUUGUAGCCGAGUUUCUAUUCCAGUUUUCUGUGGACCGGUUAAUGAUUCGGCUAUUGAGCCGUUACCAGAGGUGUUAGAGAACAAUGAGAUGGCUCGGUAUAGAAAGGUUGUGUACUCGGACUACUUGAAGGAUUUUUUUGAAAGACCCCAUGAUGGAAAGACGACUAUUGAGUCGAUUAAAUUAUAAGGAUGUGGUUUAUAAAAGGGUUUAAAUCAGAUCAAGACUCAGAAUCUAUCUUUCUUUUUAUUAUUGUUGUUUACCUUUUCAAAGGUUCUCGUUAAAAUAACAUUUAAAAUAAGGACAUGAAGGGCUUUGUUGGAAAACCCCAUGAUGUUAAGAAAAAUAUUGAGUCGAUUAAAUAAUAACGAUUUGAUUAAA